CCGUAAUUGAAUACAAACAAAGGGCAUUUCAACAUAAACAUACGUUAGAAAACGAGGGGCAUCUAAUAAGCAGGUGUCAGUGUACCUACAAUUAUUAAUUAUUAAACAUGGACUUCGAUUUAGACGAUCCUUUAGGAAGUGACGACAGUUUUUUUGAAGAACCUAAAGCUGUAGCUAAACGCUCCAGUCUAACGAAAAGCCCGGAAAAGAAAACAUUAGAUAGUUUACUCGGUUUUACCACAAAAAGUACAGAGAAUAUCCAUAAAUCGGAAGUGGAAGAUACAUUUGUUAAAACUAAAUCGACAGUUACCUUUGAAGAUCCAAAACCAGAAGGAUCUAAUGCCGGAAAAUCCAUGGAUGAUUGGCUUCCAGACAGCGUGAAACAAGACAGACAUAAAAAGACUGAUUUCUUAGAGGAUAUUUUGUCGAUUAAACCCAAAGCUAAACAAGAGAGAAAGGGAACUUCCUUGGAAGAUAUAUUGAAGGAAAGUAAAGCUAAUGUUAGUGUCAAGUCGUCUUCUUUAAAAGAUAUUAAUGCAACAGAAAGCCAAUCUGAUUUUAGUUUUACAACAUUGCCAGAGAGGAGGAGGGGUCGGAGAGGAUCAGGAGUGGAGGAUAAUUUAGGGUUUGGAUUAUUUAGUGAUGAAUACCAGGUUGGAGAGUUUUAUAAUAAGGAGAAGAAAGAACCGCCUCCAAAAUCUGCCGAAACCAUUACAAAAUCAACUACAAGAGGAGUACCAGAUUGGCUCGGCUUAGGUCCAACAACAAGAAGAGCAGAAUCGCCGUCAAUUAAGAAGCCUGAUUUAACUCAAACUCAGUCUACACACCAAAAAGAAGACCAGGUAUUGAUACGGCAAGAAGAUCCACCGCAAGUUCAACAACAAGCUCCUGCAAUGACGGUUCCACAAAAGCAGUUGCCAACAAACGAAUUGUCUCCACAAAAUAUUAAUGCAGAAAUUCAAAAUACAUAUUCUUCUUUGCAUCAACAGGAAUCUUUAUUGUUAGUAUCUUUGCAGUUCAAGAAAUACGAAGAGACAUUGAAGGAGAUUCAAGAGAAACAAGAGCAAAUUAUAGGCAAACAAGAUAAAUAUUUUCAAAAAUUCAUCGACGAAUACAUCAUAAAGCAACAUAUGGUUGAAAAUAAUAUAAGAUUGCAACAGGAGCGAAUUAACAAACAGAUUCAAAUGAUAAUUUCUGAUCCAAGUAAAACAACCUUUAAUAGAGUAAAGGAUGUUGAGGAUGAAAAUUAUGAUGGGGCUACAAAUGAAGAAACUCCACAUGAGAGCCUUGUGCGAAAAAUCAAAAUGAGACAUGACGAGGAGUUGUUUUUAAUGGAGGAAUCUUACAAAAAACAACUGGAUAUAAUUGAAAAAUCGACAGUGAACGUUGAAGAAAAUCUUAAAAACGAAAUAAAAAACGUUUCGAGUCUAUUCGAGGAAAAAGUCAACAAUCUCAAAGCCACUUACGAAGAAGAAACUAUUUAUUACAAAGAAAAAUUAAAAUAUAUGGCGGAACAACACUCGAACGAAAUAAAACUGCUCAAAGAAAUUCAAAAUCAAAAGUUGGAAGAACUGAAAUCCGAACACGCCAUGCAGAUCGAUUACAUAAAAGAAAUGAAACAGAAAGAAACGAAUUUGCUGAACGAGGGACAUGUACUCUCCCAAAAAAUUGAUGCAGGAAUUGAAAUGUUAGGACACAACGUCAAAGUUGUUCACGAGAUCGAAGAAAAAGUUAAUCAGAGAUACGAUGUUCUAGCGUCAGCCAGGGAACGGAGCAUACAAUCAAAAGAAAAAGAAGUUAUUUUGAUGAAAAACGCUUUGGAAAAGUCCAGAGAACUAGCUGAAAACGAGAGAGCUCAGUUGCUUUCGUUGGUUAGAAAUUUGGAAUUAAAAUUAGCCGAACAAAAUGUGAACGCGCAAGAAGACAGAUGGGCGCUACAACAGGCUUCAGCUACUCUAAUGGCAAGAUCGAAGGCCAUAGAAAGAGAAGCCGAAUAUAGCAGGAAUAUCGUUGAUAGAGAAAGGGAACAAUUAAAGACUCUAAAGGAAUCCCUGCUAGCCGAACAAGAAAAAAUGAUAUUGCAACUGACAGAAGAGAAACUCCUUUUAGCAUCAGAAAAAGCCAAAUUCGAAACAUCAACCAAAUUAACCAACAAUUACGAAGUGGAGCGUGCCAAAGCUGAAGCUGAAACUGCCAUCGAAGAGGCUAAACACCUCUCCGAUAGACUGAACCAAGAAAGAUCGCUAUUGCAACGCCAAAAAAGCGAAAUACAAGCUUUAAAGCACAAUAUGGCCGACCGCGAAAGAGAAUUGGAAGACAAAGAAGUCGAAUUGGAGUUUCUGAUGCAGGAUGCGCAGAAGAAACUAAAGGAAGACAAGCACGUUUUGGCCGAAGCGAAGCGGAUGGAGACCUUGUACAAGGAGAGAAUGAAAGAACUGCAAGGCCAAUGGGCACUGCUGUCGGGCAGAGAAAAGAAGUUGGCCGAAGAGAAGAUGUUGCUGUCGAAAGAGAGAUUGGCGCUGUAUACGUCGAUGAAGGCAUCUAAAGAUUGCGUUUUGUGCAGCGCCGGUGGGGAUUCGCAGUUUGGAAAAGUUCCUCUAAUAAAUUCCUAUGAAAAUAAUUUCAAUUCGAAAAUUACUGACCCGACCUCAGUGAAAAUUCGUCUCGAAGCUAUGGAAGAUGAUGAAAGUGAAGUAAGUAAAGAAGGAAGUCACGGUUAGAAGAAAAUAAAUUAUAUUUAAGGCGAUAUAUUUUGUUCAAAGACUGUAAUAUACAUUACAUUGUUAACGUAA